GGACAUCUGGGAGUUUCAGUGUAUUGCUAAAUCAGUCCUCAUCUUUUAAUAGUUUUAACCAGGAAUUCUCAAGCUAGUGACAGUUUGUCUCUUUAUGGAAGCGCAUUUGGAUCAUAAGAGCUGCAUUCCUUCCUACUCCGCUGAGGUGCGAGUGAUGAAAACCAGAACAGCGCCUUCCGUGCGCGGUGUCCGGGUAAGCAUCCCUCCCUUUUUAUUUGAAGCCAUUUUAUACGCUCCUAUUGAUGAAACAAACAGCACAGCAAAGAUUGGAAAUGGAAUCAUUUUCUUCACUUUGUAUAAAAAAGAAGAGGCCAUGUGGGAUUCCCUGACUAUAGAAAAUGAUAACAAGGAGAAACUGCAGUAUCUAAGAGAGAAUGCUGUUCUAAAAGCCCAUGAAAAGGCAAAAGAGGAAACAGAAGCAAAAAAAGUUGCAAAACAGGAACACAAAAAGUAUGCUUUGGAGGCCACAAUGAAGCUAGAAGAAGCAGAAAGAAAAAGAAUUGAAGAGCUGAAAGAAAAGGAGAGACAGAAGGUCACAAAGGAGUUGGAGUUAUGGAAAAAACAGCAAGAAGAUGCUGAGAAACAAAAGAGGGUACAAAAAGGAGGGAAACUACAUCAAGAAGCAGAGCAACUAAAGGAGAGGAAAAAGGAAAAGAUGGACAAAACUAGGAUUCUUAAUGAAGGAACUUCUGAAACCAGACUCAAACCUACUAAAGGUCGUGGUUCCUAUAGUAUGUUUUCAGAAAACUUAAAGGAGGAACAAUUACCAGCUCCUCGAUCUGCUGCUACAAUUAAAAUCAACUUUACAUCACGAGUUUUCCCUACAGCUCUGCGAGAAUCUCGUGUUGCAGAAGAGGAGGAGUGGCUACAUAAGCAAGCAGAAGCUCGAAGAACAAUAAGUGCUGAUUUGUCUGAGCUGGAAGAUUUAGAAGAAGAGGAGAAGAAUCCAGAUUGGUUAAAGGACAAAGGAAACAAAAUGUUUGCAACGGGAAACUAUCUUGCAGCUGUAAAUGCCUAUAACCUUGCAGUGAGGCUAAAUAAUAAGCUUCCCCUGUUGUACCUGAAUCGUGCUGCCUGCCACCUUAAACUGAGAAAUCUACAUAAAGCUAUUGAAGAUUCCUCUAAGGCACUAGAACUGUUGACACCACCUGUUCCUGAUAAUGAGAAUGCUCGAGUAAAAGCAUAUGUGAGACGUGGAACAGCGUUUUGUCAGCUGGAAUUAUAUACUGAAGGUCUCCAGGAUUAUGAAGCAGCUCUGAAGAUUGAUCCUAAAAAUAUAACUAUAGAAAAAGAUGCUGAGAAGAUUAGACACCUGAUUCAAGGAACAACACCAGAUUCUUAAUUUCAAAAACAAAAAUCUUCUUGACAGAGGUAUCUUUUAAGGGCAUCAGAAAGAAUCUUAGUUCUCUUAAUAUGUUGUUAGCUAGACAUUUUUCUGUUUCAUCCAGAACACCUACAGAAUUGGUAAAAGAUUGGAUAUAUGAAUUACUAUUUUUUGAAAGUAUAGUAUUAUAACAAAUACAAUUAUAUAUAUUCUAUAUAAUUUUGAUACAAAGUUGUCAGUUUUGCUUUCUGUGAAAUACUGGUGGGUUGAAUAUUAAAACGUGCUUUUGGUACUUGAUUUAAAGUUACUUAUAACUAAAUGAAAUAUUUGUCUGUAAAUAUCUACUGAAUCUAGACAGUGAGUUUUGAAACAACUUCAGUAGCUCUGUAUAGUCAACACCUGUUAACUUAUCUUUCUCUUCUCCACCAAAGCUGAAACAGUUGUGUGUUUUAUGGUUGUGGUUAUGUGCUUUCCUCUUAUUGUUCAUGGUGUUUGGCACAUCUGAAACUAAGACAGUGAAUUUAGAUAUUCUGGAAUCUAAUUUGGCAAACCU